AAAAAUCCUUCCGAAUGAGUAAAUGUCAUCCUGCCGCUUCAAAAAAAUUAUAAACCUUUUAUUUGAGCUUGGGAAUGUUUUCCUGAAAGAAAAUCGUGUGGGUCGAACGGAUCACAUUUUAAUUGGGCUUUUUUUUUAAAAUUUAUUUGGUAUUUUUCUCUUAACACCAGCAGCACACCGUGGUCACACGCAAUCCAAAAGGUGGGAAAUAUUGGAAAAAUACGCUUGGCUGGGCUCGCUUUGAAAAUGACUUUCUUUGGCACUUUACUUUCUCGCAAAAAGGAGCACUUUUAAAAGCAAUUCCAUUUUUAAAUAUGCAAAUAAAAGUGCGAGCCAAAAUAUCAUCCGCUUUUACUAAUUUGGGGGGGGGGGGCAGAGUAUGUGCUGCAACUGCUGCAAAUGCUGCAACUGCCUGCCUGCCCGCUACAUAUUCCAGCCUUUCAAAACACGCAAAUAAAUGCAUACACCCUGUACGAUCUUGUGUUUGUGCAUAUAUUCGCUUUUGGGCUUGUCUCGUUUUUUCUUUUCUAGAUUUUCCACCUGCUCCGCAAAGUCCAUUGUCCUCUAGUUUGUUCUUUUCUCCUUCCUCGGUCAUUCCUUGGGCAUUCCACCCACCACCAACUUUUUUUUGUCCAAUCCUUUUUAACUCGCUGCCCCCCAAAUUUCCUUUCUGGUUGUUAUCAUCCACUGUCGUCUCUUGCUUCUCUUUUUCUUUUCUUUAUUUGUUUUUUUCUAGUCUUCACACGGCUCUCAGCCCCUGUCUCUAUCUAUCUACCUGUCUAUUUAUUCAUUUUUAUUUUCAUUCUUUCACACACAUAACAGCUUUACUCCCUACCUCCCCCCCCACCACCCACAACCCAGACCAGCAAUGACGUCCUUACUCCUAGGCUCAUUCCAAGAGGCGCACAGACACCUGCUCAGCCGCGCCGGCGAGCAGGAAUCGUCAGUCUACCUCGGCCUGGUCUUCAAGGCCUACACUCUC